AUGGCAACCACAUCUACCCCGACCCCAGCUCACGAAAAGCUCGACCCACAAUCAGAAUCGUCAUCGCAACAAAACUCGACGCAUGUAUCCUUCUUUGGCAAGAUAAAGCAUCGUUUUAGCAACAAGUAUGCGGAAUGGGCACCGCUCAUGAAGGCGAAGAGCAACCUCGACUCGGAAUAUAGCUUUGCACCUGGCAGAUAUGCCGGACAGGGGAGUGAGUCCCAAGAGCCUGUGAUACCUGCGGGGGUUGAGAAUGGUGGUUCUGACUGCGGCUAUUAA